GAAGAGAUGUUCCUCCUGCUGAUCAAGAGAAGCUUUUUAUCCAGAAGUUACGUCAGUGUUGUGUCCUCUUUGACUUUGUUUCCGAUCCACUAAGUGACCUAAAGUGGAAGGAAGUAAAACGAGCUGCUUUAAGUGAAAUGGUAGAAUAUAUCACCCAUAAUCGGAAUGUGAUCACAGAGCCUAUUUACCCAGAAGUAGUCCAUAUGUUUGCAGUUAACAUGUUUCGAACAUUACCACCUUCCUCCAAUCCUACGGGAGCAGAAUUUGACCCCGAGGAAGACGAGCCCACGUUAGAAGCAGCCUGGCCUCAUCUACAGCUUGUUUAUGAAUUUUUCUUAAGAUUUUUAGAGUCUCCAGAUUUCCAACCUAAUAUAGCGAAGAAAUAUAUUGAUCAGAAGUUUGUAUUGCAGCUUUUAGAGCUCUUUGACAGUGAAGAUCCUCGAGAGAGAGAUUUUCUUAAAACUACCCUUCACAGAAUCUAUGGAAAAUUCUUAGGCUUAAGAGCUUACAUCAGAAAACAGAUAAAUAAUAUAUUUUAUAGGUUUAUUUAUGAAACAGAGCAUCACAACGGCAUAGCAGAAUUACUGGAAAUCCUGGGGAGUAUAAUUAAUGGAUUUGCCUUACCACUAAAAGAAGAGCACAAGAUUUUCUUACUGAAGGUGUUGCUACCUUUGCACAAAGUGAAAUCUCUGAGUGUCUACCAUCCGCAGCUGGCGUACUGUGUAGUCCAGUUUUUAGAAAAGGACAGCACCCUCACUGAGCCAGUGGUGAUGGCGCUUCUCAAAUACUGGCCAAAGACUCACAGUCCAAAAGAAGUCAUGUUCUUAAAUGAAUUAGAAGAGAUCUUAGACGUGAUCGAACCGUCGGAAUUUGUGAAGAUCAUGGAGCCGCUCUUCCGGCAGCUGGCCAAAUGUGUGUCCAGCCCACACUUCCAGGUGGCGGAGCGAGCGCUGUAUUACUGGAACAAUGAGUACAUCAUGAGCCUGAUCAGCGACAAUGCAGCAAAGAUCCUACCCAUCAUGUUUCCUUCCUUGUACCGCAACUCCAAGACCCACUGGAACAAGACAAUACACGGCUUGAUCUACAACGCGCUGAAGCUCUUCAUGGAGAUGAACCAGAAACUGUUUGACGACUGCACCCAGCAGUUUAAAGCAGAGAAACUGAAAGAGAAGCUAAAAAUGAAAGAACGAGAAGAAGCGUGGGUUAAAAUAGAAAAUCUAGCCAAAGCAAACCCCCAGUACGCAGUGCAUAGUCAGGUGAGCGCCGUGGCCAUUCCAGUUGGCGUGGAGACAGAUGGGCCUCUACUUGAAGAUGUGCAGACGCUGAGAAAGGCCCGGAACGAAGAGGCUCGCCAGGCACAGAAAGAUCUGAAGAAGGACCGGCCUGUCGUGCGCCGCAAGUCUGAGCUGCCUCAGGACCUCCACACCAAGAACGCCUUGGAGGCUCACUGCCGAGCUGAUGAGCUGGUCUCCCAGGACGGGCGCUAGCCCCCCCCCCCACCCCGGAGGACCGCGUCGGGCUGGGGAUGCCUGUUCUUUCCUGGAUUCUGUAGAAAAUACAUCCUUUUUGUGCCAUACAAAUCAGUUACACUCAGAGUCAGAGCUUUCUUCGACCCCGUCCUGUAGGCAAUAAUGCACGUCUGCCUCAGCACGAGAUUAGGAGUUCAAACAAUGGUGGCCUCUCAGAUGGGUUGGCAGAGCCAAGGGCCACUGGCCACGUCCCCAGCCGGUGGGCUCAGCCCCGGCACAGCCCCCGUAAGACUACUUCCCAAAAUCAGAGCUAAGGAGAGCACCCUGGUCAUCACCUUCAUGUCCUGCCCAACCGGAAUUCGUGAUCAUUUAAAAAUAAGUGGUU